UAGUAGGUGGUGUAUGUGUGGUGAGGAGAUGUUAUGCUUCAACGCUCCUGUGCCUGCGUAUGACGGCUUGAUAUUACAAUUUUAAGACAAUAGGUUACGUUUUGGUAAAGGAUCCUCUUGUCCCUCUUUAUAUUUACAGUCGUGUUUAUUUCAACUAGAUCGCGGGGGGGGGGCGGAGAGGCAACAACCAUCGGUAUUGAAUGCUGGUAGGCAGGCUCCAGUCCAUGGGGUUUUGACGCGGAUUUCUCCGGCUGCGCUGAAUUGCAAGCGGGUACUGUAAACGCAUUUGAGAUAUGGACGCUGUUCUGUGAAGCAUGCUGACAAAUGUUCUUCUCCCAGACAACAAAAGCUGAAGUGGCCGGCUGGUUGGUGAAGCUGUGACCUAUGCAGAGUUGUCUUGGCUGAUGGUCCAGGGGCUGUGUCCUUCCAGGAGGGUAUGCCUGUAUCCCACCAUGCCGCUGCCGGCAGAGUGGCUGCUGUGCCACUCCUUGGUGGCAUGCCUGUUGCUGCACAGCCUGGCGCUCGGGGCCACCACCACGGGCCUCCACGGGGCAAACACCGGCUGCUCCGAGAGCUGCUACUGCUCCGAGAUGGCCGACGGCGGGAGGGUGGUGCGCUGCAGCAACAUGCACCUUGCGGAGGUGCCGCAUGACCUGCCCAAUGACACUCGCCGACUUUACCUGGACGGUAACCUCCUUACCACCAUCCCCGCCGACGCCUUUGCAGGGCUUCCUUUACUCAACGAGCUGGACCUCUCCCACAAUGAGCUAACUCAGAUGGAGCCGGGGGCCUUCCGGGGUCUGGUCCCCUCUCUCAGGAGCCUGGACCUGUCCUUUAACAGACUGACCACACUGGAGCCCGAGGUCCUGGGUGGCCUUAGGGGCCAGGCCAACCUCACCCACAACCCCUGGCACUGUGACUGCCGCCUCCAGGUGGCUAUGCCCCGGCUGGAUCUGGAACCGGCCUCACUGGCUGGCGUGGUGUGCCACACUUCGGAGCCCAAGGACGUUGGCAUAGAUACAGGGGUGCCCUUCAUCAUGGUGGCGGCCGACCUGGACCUGUGCGCAGGGCUCAAGAGGACCACGGACGUGGCCAUGCUGGUGACCAUGUUCGGCUGGUUCGCCAUGGUCAUCUCCUACCUGGUGUAUUAUGUCAGGCACAACCAGGAGGACGCACGGAGACACCUGGAGUACCUCAAGUCCCUUCCCAGCAAACUGGACAGGCCAGAGGAGUCCUCUAAACUCAGCACAGUGGUGUGAGUAAAUUACCAGACCUGGGUCAAAAUGCAUUUUGUCAGUGCUUGAUUUAGCUUGAUUGCUGUGCAAGGGGGUAGAGUUUGCACUUUUGGGACGAUUCUUAGGUAGUAGGUAAGCUAAAUCAAGCGCACCUGUAGUAUUUGAAAGUAUUUGACAUAUAUUUACCUAGGUCAGGUAGAGACACAGGAAAUAACAGCCAAACACCUCAAAGGGAUCAUAAAAGGAAAUGCACAAACUUGGAAAUAGACCGGGAUACUACUGUACUGUACAGGGUUUCACCAGUAAUCCAUUGGAAACGCAAUACCUCACGGUAACAUUUCAUUCAAACAAAUUCACACUCUUUGAUGAAUCGUCAUGAAAUGAAGACUCUUAUUUUUCCCCCACAUAGCUGUUUGUUGAAUGAAGGAAUUAUUUGACACGUUUGUGAAUAUUCUAAAUGUAUUUGCAAAUCAGUCUGUGUCUUUAUGUAAGACACUCUGUAUUUGAAAAUGAUUGAAUUCCAACGAGGUAUUGAAAGGUUGUCAAAUGCAUAACUAUUUCACAAUGGACUGCCGAGGGCACUGUUUCGUUAUUAAUCAGGAAUGCACGAUGUCAUCAAAUGUCCCCAUAUUAGUGAUAAUACUGUGCUUGGCAGUGUAACAGAGACUGCAUUGUUCGACCAGCAUCUGCACUCAUUGAAUGUUGGAUCUUUAUUUUCUGGAUGAGAAGCCCCAUGUAAUCAUCAAACAUUUUACCAGAAAGAAUAAAAUCCUGAAAUGCUCCUUCCUUUUUUAUUUUGGCCACAAUACCAUAUUUUUCCCCCAGUUGUAUUGCGUGUAAUAUUUCAUUUCUCACAAAGUCCGCCUGAACAUGUCACCUUUUCAUCUAUUUUAAAUGAACAAUGUGUUCAUUAUAUUGAAUUAUGAUAUUUGACAGACCGUAGUGCACGAUGGCAAAACUAGUUUAGAAAUAUGAAUUGCGCAACUUCAA